UAAUUUUUUUCCAUUAAAAUGUCAUCCACUAUUUCACUUAUUAUCAGAGUUUAUUAUUAUUAAAUCAUAUAAAAGCAUCAUCACUAUGUGCCUUCAUUUUCUUUUUUAAAUUACACUAAUGUCCAAUACCGAUGUACCGGAUGUAUAGAACUGUAACUAGAACAAGAUUAAAAGUACAUUCUGGAACAUCCAUGGAAGACCCCAUUUGCCGAUUGGUGGCCUAUGUUUCCUGUUGAGGGGUUAUAAAGCUCCCUUCUGCUAAGAGCCCCUUCCACUCCUACAGCUUUUGUCAGAACACAGAGCAGAGAGACCACAGCAGAAAGAAAUGGCCCAGAUCUCUGUUCCUGUCUGCUCCCUCAUCAUGCUCAUUGUAAUGGGGCUCUUCAUUGACCAAGCAGCAGCAGGUUCAUACAACUGCUGCACAAAGUACUCCACUGGUCAGGUGCCCAUUAAUAAAGUGAAAGGAUAUUAUAUUCAGGAAAACAAAGGACCCUGUAACAUUAAAGCUGUUGUACUGCGCACUUUAAGAAACAAAUGGGUUUGUGCAGAUCCCAACCAAGCCUGGGUGCCUGUAAUCGUCAUGAAGCUGGGGGUUAAGGUGGCAAAACUGAGGGGACAAUGAAAUAUCCAAUAAAGUUUCUCCAAAGGACUGAGAAGAAUUCCUUUAUAUUCUUUAAAGUACACUUCCCCUCUAUCUGAGGUCUCUGUGAUCACCUUCAUGUCUGUUU